CGUUGCAAAGACAAAUUCCCUGCAAAGCAACGCGCUGCUACACAUCUUCUCCCCGGGACGGUCUCGGUGUUUACCAAGAGUAGGAUCAGUUAUUCUUGGCACCAUUACCCAUAUCUCCUUCCAUUCAUGUGCUCUUGAGUGGACAGGGCAGCACUGAGAGUCAUGGCUAUAGUACCACAAGAACAAGCUCAGCACCCACAGCCACAGCAAGAGCAGCAGUACGGCAGCAAUGAGGAAUACAUCACAGCACUGCAGGGGUGGAUUGCCCAGCUGUACCAACUGCAGUGUGUGGCCAUGUCUUUUCCUUACUUUCUGGCCAGUCUGCAUUCUCAGGCCUCUCAAGGUGUUCCUCUGAUCCCUCCAACCCUGGAACAACCCUCAGCAUCCCUUCCAACCCCACCCACUGCCACCCGCACCUCCACCACCACACCACAGCAGCGGCAGCAACAACAGCAGCAGCAGCAACAGCAGCAGCAGCAACAGCAACAACAGCGACCACAACAGCAGCAACAGCAACAACAGAGACAACAGCUGCCACAGAGAGGAGUGGAGUACAAGAUCCCCCCAGUCUGGAAGAGGCUUGUGGCAGAGGUCAUUGACUUUGCACUCCUCUUUGUCAUCAAGCUGGCUGUCACAUUUGCUGCCGUGGACACUUUUGACCUCUUUAGUAACGUCAAGAAGUAUGAAUUUGAAAACCUGCGUGCUGACUUCCUUGCCGACUACCACCUUGCCUUCCAAAUGACCUCCGAGAUUCUUGUCCUAGAGCUCAUUCAUCGUGUGGCCACUUGCCUUUUUGAGGCUCUGUGUCUCCACCGUGGGUCGGGGGGACCAGGAGGUGCCACACCUGGCAAAAAGAUUGUGGGUCUCCGGGUCGUGUACUGUGAGUGGGUGGCACCAACUGCAGCAGAUCAGGCCCUGGUGUAUCCUGCAUCAGACCUUGGACUAGCUCGGGCCAUUCUCCGGUCAGUCAUGAAGAACUUCCUGCUGAUGUUUCUGUUCCCUGUGUGCUUCACCUUCAUCUCCUUCCACCACAACCGCACCAUCUACGAUGUGCUGGCCGGCUCCGUGGUUGUGGAAGACAUGCCACUCCGCCAGCGCAACAAUCACAACAAUAACCGAAACUGAUUGUUGUUUCCUAAUACUGCCAUUAUUUUACCUCUAGAUGUUUUAUGGGUUCUCAGCAUUCACCACCACCACUGCUGCUGUAAUAUUGUGGUGUGCAGUAGUGCCGGCAGUAGAGUGUCUGUCUACAAUGCAGGAAGUCCUGUGUUCAGAUCCCAGUUUAUAGUUGGGGUUUUUCUUAGGUGACUGCCUGCUUCUAGGUUCACCCAGCCUUAAAUGGGUACUGGUCAGCAGUGACUGGGAAGGUUAAGGACAGUGGAAAAAGGAGUCAGCCACCCUGCUCCAUAUGCUGAGGCCUGGGAUUGAGUGGUGCUUCCAGUCCAUCACCUAUGUUUCUUGUUGAACUUCCUCACCUUUACUUGACAUACCCAAUCUGUUAUACACACCUUCACUAAUGAGGACCUGAUUCUUCUCCCACCCAGUACUAGUUCAGGUACAAGGAAGCCUUUAAGAAUUAGUGAUUAAUAUUUCUGUGUUCUAAUGUGAUGCCUUAAUAUAAUAUGGGCCACAUCUUUCAGACUACUGGUACCACUACUACUACCAUUGCUACUUAUAAUGAUGUUAUUGUUGCUGCUACUGCUGCCACUACUACUACUUCUAUCACUUUUCUUCAUUCUAAAAUUUUUCUCAUACAUUUGGGCAUAUUUUGAAGUGAUUAGAGUAUAUUUUGAUACAUGUGAGAUUUCUGAACUACAUACUUAUAUCAAAAUUUUUAAUAACUCAUGUUUUUUUUCACGUCGGCAUUGUUUUUAUGAUUUUAGUGAAUGAGUUAUCAGAAUAUGAACAUGAAUUAGAAAGGAGAUACUCUUUAGACACCUCAUGGUUCUGAUAUCUAAGUGGUGGUAGUGAGGAAGAGCACCACCCACACCAAGCUAAGCUUGUCAUGCUAUGUAUUCAUCUUCCUUGGCCCUGGAGAGUGUGGGAGGAGUGUGGCUUUGUUGGCAGGUUACCAAGUGUGUGGAAUAAUGUACUACUGUUGUGGAGGAAUGAGUUUUUUCUUUUAUUUUUUUCUUUCCAUGUGAAACAUCCCAGUAUUACAAAAAAAAAAUGUAAAAUACUACUGUGCUACAUUUACCUCUUCUAUACAAUCCUUGGACCUGUUGAAUGAAAGGGACCAGUUCAUAUUGUAUCACUGUUAUGUACUGAUUGAACUUGAUUAUGUAAAGAUAGAGUAUAUGUUGAAAGAAUGUGUAUGUGUGUGUGUGUACCUGAUUAUCUAGUUUAAAUCGUCCUUGUAUUAUAGAUAAUCACAAAUUCCUGGAAAAUCAGGUUCCCAAAGAAAUAUAGCUACAGUAAAUACUGACAUUGUAUCAUAUCAUUCUCUUAUUUCUAAUGUUUGUUCGGUGGUUAGCUUCAUAUAUGCAGCAGCUACGGUCAGCUGUUAUGCCACUAGGGCGGCGACACUGGUGCGCCAGUUAUCUUUGAGCACCUGUGGAUGAGCGUUCAUUUCGAAUUUGUGUUAUAAUAUCCAUCAACAGGCCUUGUCGUGGUGUGCUGCGUGGACUGUGGUUGUAAAAUUGUUAAGAGGAACACUUGGAAAAAGUAGGAUAGCUUUUUUCACAGAUCAUCAUGCGUUGUCUGGCUUUAGUGAUCGGGGUGUUAUUAGUUGGAUGGGUGAGCUGCGUCUGCGAGAAGGAGCCUGGGUCGAGGUACCGCACCAUCAACAACUGUCCCAUUAACCGCAUGUUCCGGCCCCUGUGUGCCAGUGACGGCUGCUCCUACAUCAACGACGACGCUCUGGCUUGUGCCAAGAAGGAUAACCCACAGCUCAGGUUUGUUCACGAUGGGAUUUGUAAGGAUGCCGAGGACCCCAAGGCGGACAACAACCUGCUGUAAUGGAGAAGGGACCUCAUGCAGACGCUCCUCGGUGGAUGACUGAUUCUUGCAGCGCCCUCCCACGCUCCCACAGAAUCACCAGAUACUCGCAUACUCACAAAGGCACCACAGGACCACGCACAUUGCACUGGAUUCACAUAAUAACGAAGGGGAACGUAAGCACGAGGACACCUUAAGAGAACACGCUGAGUGGGAUCGGUCUCGGAAAGCUGGUGUGAGACGAGGACAGAAUUUAAAGGACGUGCAACCAUCAGAGAAAACAUUAAAGCAAGAACUGAAAUGAAGGUGGAAGACUAGACAAAAAUGUUUAGCCUCUUCCAUUGUAUAUUCGUCAUUUAUUGGCAUUCAGAACACCGUAAUAAGAUCUUUAGACGCAGAAAUGAGAGAACUGGAGGUUAAUUUUGUCUUUUUCUUAGCUACCAGACUAUUUAAAAGACUAUGGUACGUAAAAAAAGCAUCUAGAGAUUUGGUAAUUAUGAGAAACAAUGUCUAACAUUGAAAAAGACUCUAAUACGUAAAGAAAAUGCCUAAAAAAUUGAAAGUGAUGACCAGAAAAUCGUCUAGUAUUGAGAAAUAAGAACAGUAACGUAGAAUAAAAACAACAGAUAACGAACGUAAACAAAAAAAUAAAUAAAAAAAAAAAUCGGCAAGAACACAGAAGAAAGAUUCUGGCUGGGGAAACGAACGUUGCACUAAGAGAGAACUAAAUAUUGGGCUUGUCAGAAAGAAGAAUUAGUGACAUCACAGCAGGAAAACGAGAGGAGGACAGACCCAGGGAGGACGCAGAAGACUCAAGGCUCCUGGGAGCGAGCAAAAAAAAAUAAAUAAAUAAAUAAAAAUAAAAAUAAAUAAAUAAAUAAAUAAAUAAAAAUAAAUAGAUAAAAUAAUAAUGAUAAAUAAAUAAAUAAUAAGAAAAAGAAGAAAACACAGCGAACCAAACCACGAAGUGUGUCCACUCACGAAGCAGAGUCUUCAUCCCGUGAAGCACCAAUGAUUGAAGCACAGUAUUCCUUCUACUUAGGUAUAUCAUUAUAAUCCUGCUCGGCAUUGGGUAAUAAGCAUGUUUUUGUCAGUAAGAGUUAUUAAGCAACAGAGGACUCAUCAGUGUUUCCUUGUAAGCAUUGCACAACAUUGGAAAAGCCUUAGUGUUUAAAGAAUUUAAUUAUCUUGGGAAAAAUAUAUACUUGAAUCUUUACUCCCAAUGAUAUAUAAGGAUGUAGCUUUUUUCUGCCUUUCUCUGUUUUUUUUUUUUUUUUUAAUAUUGCACGCCAUUGUAACAGCUUCAGUCGGUAUAGAACUGAAUGAUCUUGGGAAAAAUAUGUACUUGAAUCAUUACUAUAAAUGAUAUACGUACAUAUUCAUACGUAAUAAAUUUUCUACUGCUUC